GGAAUCUCCCUUGAAGACUGGGAAGAGAAAACUCAACUAAGCCAGAAAGAGCAACAAGUUGUAUACGAACUUCAGGAAGCAUGCUUAGAACUACCCUUACCUACCAACUGGCAUCUCACAGCCACAUCCACCUCUCCAUCGCUCGCCCUGAAUCAUUCAUCAGGAGUUCGUACCCCGGAAUCAUUCUCAUCCACACCGACACUAAGUCCCCUGAAUGCCGGAGCCUUGUCUAGUAGAUUAAGUGCACUUUCACCGCGCUCAAGAUCAGCUAUCAACCUUUUGGCUGAAACGACUGCUGCAGAUUAUGCUGCAGAACAAAGAUCUGCCCAAGAGAUUGGAUCAAAUAAACCUAUUGAGACGUUACAACAGUUUUUUGAUUGGUUUGCCACAAGAGAGUCUGAAAUGGAAAAAGACCAAGAAGACAUCUACCGAAAUUAUCUUUCUGUAGUGGUUCUGUAUCGAGAGGCAUGUGAUAAUUUCCUUGAAGAUUUGCAUGGUACACUGGGUGUAUUUGGCGAGCUCGGGGAUGAAUAUGCAUUUGUAGAACAAAGGACUCGUGCUUUGCAAACCACCUGCGAGGAGCUAUUACAGGAACAGGAUCGUCUUACACAUCUUGCAGACGCACUUGCUGAGAGACUUGCUUAUUUCAACCAUCUCGAACCUAUUGCAAAAUUAUUCAACUCUCCUGGAGAUGAUAUUUGUCUGAGACCCGAAUUUAUAGGGAUGCUACAGACAUUGGACGAAUGCAUUGAAUAUAUGCAACAGCAUGUGAGCUAUCGUGACUCCGAGCUUUAUCUUAUGCGCUUCAGACAGUGUAUGACAAGAGGAAUGACCCUGAUCAAGAUGUAUGCUGUUUCAACAAUUAAAGCAGUUGGCUAUGAAAUUGUAUACUCACUGGUCCAAAAGACCAACGACACUUCUACAAAUUUUGGUAAACAGACAAACCUCUUUUACGUAAAAUUCAGAGCAAUUGCCCCUACCAUCAAAACUUUGACAGGUCAGCUUGAAAAACGCUGCCAAGGCCACAAAGAAUAUCAAGCCCUUUAUCAAGAUAUAUUGAGCGCCUAUUUCCAAACAAGACAACAGCUGUUAAGCCCAGUAAUUUCACGAAAGAUCCAGCAACUUGGGCCCAGUGGUGGAGAGCUGGCACAAAACGGAUGUGCUUAUAUGAUGACCCUUUGCUCUGAUGAGUUUAACUUGUUUUACAAUAUGUUCCCUUCUGGAGAAGAAGAUCUAUACGCCUAUCUAGACGAGCUGACAAGCUAUCUUUAUGAUCAUUUGCGCCCCAGAAUUAUUCAUGAAAAUAGAAUAGAGACUCUAUCAGAGCUAUGUGGCAUAUUUCAGGUUUAUAUCAUGCAAGACGAUUAUCAAACUGGAGACGAACGUGAGGGCGGUCAUCGUCUAAUGUUUGGAAAUCUUAUUCGCAAUGUAUUGGAGGAUGCUCAAGGAAAACUGGUAUUCAGAGCACAAAGUUUUAUUCAUCAAGAUAUUCAAAGCUAUCAUCCAAAACCAGAAGAUUUUGAACUUUCUAAAUCGAUAGAAGCUUCUUUGCUUCAAAUGUCCGAACUAACGGAUGAUACACCCCAUGUUACUCGAAGGUGGUAUCCUGCCUUACAAAACACACUUUGGAUCCUUUCAAAACUUUAUCGUUGUGUACAAACAGGUGUAUUUGAAGAUCUUGCCCAAGAAGCCGUAUCACUGUGCAGUGAGUCAUUAAAAAGGGCAUCUGAUAUUAUCACAAACACAAAAUCUGCUUUGGACGGACAGCUCUUCUUGAUAAAACAUCUUUUAGUCCUUAAAGAACAACUUGCCCCCUUUGAAGCCGAGCUAGUACACACAGGAAAGGAACUAUCGUUUUUUCCUACAACAGGUGCUCUAAGCUCCUUGCAACAAAAUAGGUCGUUCUUUUUUAAUCCAAACACCUUGAUUGGGUUGGCUCAGAGUGGCAUGCCUAGAAUUGUUGAAAUUAGUCUAGACUCCAGACGAGAAGUCAACUUCAAGCUAAAAGACGUAUGCGAAGAGUUCAUUACUGACUGUGUAAGCACAGCAGUAGAUCCAUUGACAGUUUUUAUGAUUAAGUUGUCUACAAUGAGGCCUGUGGGCGAAAGCUCUCCCGAUGAAAAUGGAUCUCCUCGUGCAAAGACAUUGAGCCAAGAAGACGUACAAAGCACAGUAGAACAAUUUAAAGAGUCAGCCGAAGAAAGAAUACGCUUUGUAUUAAGAAAACUCCGUGAAUAUGUCAACGAUUACAAGAUGGAACAAAUUUUGAUAAGACCGAUUGAAUUGAAUAUUCUCGAAAAUUAUAAGAACUUCUACCAUACUGUCACCACAGAAUCUAACGGAGGAAAAAUUAGUACAUUAGAUGAGCCUCUUCCCUCAGUAGAGUACAUGUCAAUGUGGAUUUCUCAGUGGAAAGAAGAGCAAUCCCCAUAAUAUAGCAAAAUAAACACCUUAAUUACCUUUUUAUAGC